UCCAAAAAAUCCAACACUCUGCAGUUUCUUACGCAAUUUUGCACAGUUAACCGCACGAAACCUUCUGCAAAGCAAGGAGCCCUGCUUUCCAACAAAACCCUAACCGUCAAACAAAAGAGGGUUUUCCCCUAAUUCCCUCUCCAUGAGGACGGAAAUCGACCAACUUGUUACAUUCACCCGCCAUUGAUUCUCGCCUGCCUCAGCUGCAUUCCCUUUUACAGCAGCUCCUUUCCCAAGGUUGCUUUUUGAAGUUCUGCCUUGUUUGUCAUUGAUGCUCAGCCUUCAAUAGCAACAAUGGGCAGUUCAUUUAAUCCACAAAUCUUGGUGGAAAAGCUAGCCAAGCUCAAUAACUCACAAGCGAGCAUAGAGACUUUGUCACAUUGGUGUAUUUUCCAUAUGAAUAAGGUGAAACAAGUUGUUGAAACUUGGGACAGACAAUUUCAUUGCUCUCCACGUGAGCAGAGAUUGGCCUUUCUGUAUCUUGCCAAUGACAUUUUGCAGAAUAGUAGGCGUAAGGGUUCAGAAUUUGUAGGUGAAUUUUGGAAGGUUCUUCCUGAUGCUCUUCAUGAUCUGAUUGAAAACGGGGACGAGUUUGGAAGGAAUGCUGCAUUGCGUCUGAUCAGUAUAUGGGAGGAGAGAAAAGUAUUUGGUUCUCGGGGACAAAUUCUUAAGGAAGAGCUUGUCGGCAAACAAUCAGUAAAUAAUAAUAGAAAUGGCAGGCAUGUAGGCCUCAAGCUGCAGAAGCAGCCUGUUGGAAAUACAGUGGACAAAAUAGUUUCAGGAUAUCAAGUUGUUUAUGGUAGCCAGAUGGAUGAAGAUGUUAUAUUGAGCAAAUGUAGGAAAGCUAUUAGCUGUAUCGAGAAAGUAGAUAAGGAAAUUGGCACUGAUGUCAAAUCAGGGCAGUUCCAUGGAUCUGCACUUGCGGAGGAGGUGCAGGGUCAUCAUGCUGUAUUAAGAGACUGUAUCAAACAGCUAACAGCAGUUGCAUCAUCAAGAGCUAGUCUAGUCUUACAUCUGAAAGAGGCUCUUCAGGAGCAGGAAUUCAAGCUGGAGCAAGUUCGUAAUCAGCUUCAGGCUGCACAGUCCCAAUCGGAACAGUUUUGUAAUAUCUGCAGACAGUUAUUAAAUUGUGACAAUCCUAACUUGGUAGCUGAGCCAAGUUCAAAGGAAUCUCACACAUCCAUUGCACCUCAAAGUUUUAAUCCGGCGGCUACGGAACAGUCAGCUCCUGUGAUGUAUGCCCGACAAGUGUCUUUUCCUGAUAAUUCUGGCCACAUUAAGGAAGAUCCUCGGAAGUCUGCAGCUGCUGCUGUGGCAGCGAAGCUAACUGCAUCAACAUCCUCAGCCCAGAUGCUUUCCUAUGUCCUCUCAUCCCUUGCUUCUGAGGGUGUCAUAGGUAAUCCUAUGAAAGAAUCUUCUGGUGAUUACUCUUCUGAGAAGAGGCCUAAGCUUGAGAAUGACCAGCCUUAUAUACCAUCUCAGAAUCCCCAACAAGCUUCAGGUCCACCAUUCCUGCAUUCCAAAUCUCACCAACACAAUGUUGUAACCACCACCCAGCAGUUGACUCCAAAUGAAGUGCCACCUCCUCCAUCAUCAUCUCCUUCACCUUUGCCACCACUGCCACCAUAUGCUGUGCCUCAGUACAUGCCAACUGCUGGAUCAAUAAAUAGUGUGCCAUAUAGCUAUGGCACGGCCCCACCACAGCAGCCUUCCUUGCCUGGUUAUUCAGUGGUCGGGGCCGCAAUGAUUGGCAUCUCCCCAUUCUCCACAACAUCAUCUAAUUCUUACCAGAGUGUCCAAGGUUCUGAAGCCAUCUCCCUACUCGCCACAACAUCAACUAAUUCUUACCAGAGUUUCCAAGGUUCUGAAGGUUUUUAUAACCAGCCUUCAUCUGUGCCGACUGCACCGAUUUCUCGACAAUAGAACUUCAAUUAGGAUUGCUUUAAACUGAAAUAUUUUUGUCAUAUAAGAUUAGACGUUUUUGUUCUGAAACAUCCUCAGCAGCAGAACUAUCUUUGUUUGGGUGCCAUGUAGCAUACAUCAUGUGCACAUUGUAAAGGUUUUGUAUUAAAAACUAUUUAUCGCAUUCUUGAAUUGGACAGAAGAUUUUAGUCAGCUUCAUCUGUUACAUCACAUGAUUCACCAACAUGUAGUUGCCUUGUCAAAACUAUUUCUCAGAUCAUUGUGGUUCGACCUUAACAGCAAUUUGUAAACGUGCCCUG